GACGACAACAUAAUUGGCAAACCCAAGAACAGCGUUUUUAAGGAUGGAUCUUUGCCGGAUUUGCUUUGCGGAAGGUGGCCGAAACAUUUUUCACAAUGGCCCCGCCAAAGACACGUUCGCGGCGGCGUCGGUCACUGAUUUGGCAGCCAAGCUUCGGUUUGUUACGAUGCUCGAGGUUGAAGAACAUAAUGGAUUGUCCCCCUUUCUCUGCGAAUCGUGCAUCGUUCAACUAAACGUGUCGUACUCCUUCAAACGCCGUGCUUGGGCAGCUGAUGUUGAGCUACGCGAGCUGCGGUCCCACGAACAAGGCUCCACACCCAGCAUCGAUCAAUCCUCCGACAGAACUGUUUACGAGGGCGUGUGGGUGAAGGACGAGGCAGUGAUCAUCGAUGAAAUAUCCGCCAUGUGUUCCGGUGAGUUGUCAAUCAACGAAACUGCUAAAAACCACCGUUAUCACGACCAACACAAUCGAACGCUUCGGAUUCCGUCAUCAAACUCCGCCAUUCCGACGGCUAACUCGAGCGAACUACCACCAAUGGUGAUCCUGAGCAGCGUGUCCCUCGCACAGACGCAGGACGAGCAGUUUAAGCAUUCGAUACUUUCCUGCAAUGAGACUUCUCCACUAGCAACUAACCCACAAUCAGCGAAGAAAGCCAAUCAAGCGACGGGCAACAACAAAUCAAAGGUAAAAUUCAACCUCUCGAAACCGGUGGUAUGUGAUAAAGACAAACACGAGCGCAGCGUACCACAUACCAAACUAUCGGUGCGCGAGAGAAAGGCAGACCGGCUGAUGAAAAUGCUGCGCAUCGAUAUGGAUCUGGACAAAACGCAUCCGUCGUUCUCUUCGGCGAGACGCGUUAGGAAGAUCAAACACCGCCGCUAUUCCGUCUGUGCCGUCGUGCACGGAAAACUGACAUAGAUUCAUUUUUAUUAUUGAAUUAGCAAUGUUUUAUAAAACAGACACGCCACUGAGGGGGACUUGCCUAAGGACUACUUCCGCAUUCGUUUCCGCGUGACGAUUAUCUUCUCUUACUUAAAUUAAAAUAAUAUAAUUAAAAUUAGGGUCCGAAUUUGUUGGUAGCGGCCGAACCAAUAGAACGACUGAUCGAGAUUGGGCCAUUUUUAUUUUACAGAUUGCGCGUGUUGAAAACUGUGGGAUGUUUGUGAUUUGAUACCAGGAAUUCCGAUGAGGUCGUUCGAUUUCGAGUGCGUGGCUUCCAGUGCCAAGUGCAAGGAGCUUUCACACGCCCUUGAGUGUUUGCGGUUAAUAAUCUUGAAAAUCUCCACUUCUCACGUGCUCAAACUUAUGUCGUCACUAAGAACCAUCAUCGCAAUGUUUUA